AAUCCUAGACAACUUCUAGCAACAGACGACUUGCCUUAGAGUGGAAAGUCUGCGGACUAUGGUUUAAGUGUAGGCCUACACUAGAUGUUUCAUCAUGGCUUGUGGUGGGUUUGUUUGUUCCAAAACUUCUCUUUGUAUCUUGAACCUUAUUUAUGUGAUGGUCAGUCUUCUAAUGAUCAGUGUUGCAGCAUGGGGCAAAUGGUUUGGACUGGUCUCUAGUUUCAGGGUAAUGGCUGCUGUCAUCGCUGUUGGCUUGUUUCUGUUCGUCGUGGCCAUUGUGGGAUUGUGUGGAGCUGUGAAGCAUCAUCAAGUUCUCUUGUUCUUUUACAUGCUCAUACUCUUCAUGGUAUUCAUUUUGCAGUUUUCAGUGUCAUGUGCCUGCUUGGCGAUUAAUAAAGAACAGCAGAACCUUCUCUUGGAGAUAGGAUGGAAUAAGUCUGAAUCAAUGCAGGAGGAUUUGGAAAGAUCGCUGGAUUGCUGUGACUUCCUUCAAGUGUACUACAAUGAGAGCUGUGUCGCUACCUGUUUCAAGAAUCAAACAUGUAGACCAUGUUCAGUUAUAAUCCAGGCCUACGCUGAUGACGCUCUACAGUUUGUUGGAGGAGUCAGUCUGUUUUUCAGUUUUACAGAGAUUCUGGGCGUCUGGCUAGCAUAUAGAUACAGGAAUCAGAAAAAUCACCAGCAAAAUCCUGGAGCUUUCAUUUAAUAAAGCAUUUUGGUCGGACACACA